UAGAAAAAAACAAAAACUUUUUUUUUUUACUUCAACUUGAUGUUGAUCAACCAUUGUUUGAAUACGUUCAUUUAAUGAACGAAUAUUUUCUUCAUUUUGAUUAAGAAAUGAUUGAUGAUUAACGAUUUCUUAAUAGAAUUUAAAUAAAUAUUGAUUUAGAUUUUAUUAAUAUAUAAAAAUAAAGUUUACAAAAAUUUUUCGAUUCAAUUACUACAUGAAUUAAGAUGAAAAUACACAAUUACAAGAAAAAAUUAAUCAAGUAAUUUUAUUAUUAUUUGUUUAGUUUAAAUAAAUAAAUAAUAAUUUUUGUUUUACUAGUUAAAUUUAACACUUGAACAACAACAAAUUAAUUUUAAUGAAUUAGAAAAACAUCAUAAUGAACUUUCUGAACAAAUUAUUUCAUUACAAAAUCAUAAUGAACGAUUACUUGAACAAAUUCAACAAUAUGAAACAACAAUAAUACAAAAAGAUGAUAUAUAUAAAGUUCAACAAGAUAUAACACAACAACUUGAACAACGUUAUAAUGAACUUGAACAAAAACAUAACGAACAACAUGCUUUAAUGAUUAAAUUAUCAACACAUUUAGCUGCUAAAGAAAGUGAAACAAGUGUUUCAACAACAGAUUCAACAGUUAAUGAAACAUGGAAUACAAUACUUGCAAUGAAUAAUUAUCUUCGUGUAGAAAAUACACGUUUAACAGAUGAUGUUGAACGUAUUCGAUUAGAA